AUAUCUGCAGAGUUUGGGGAGUCCAUCCAGGCGAUGUCUUGAUGGUCGGAGAUAGCCCAAAGGAUGAUAUUCUAUGUGGUAGGAGAGCCGGAGCAAUGACAUGCCUUAUCGACUGGCUGAAGAACUUCCCAGAAGUGCAUGCCCUGCCAGAAGAGCAUCGUCCAGAUUUCCGAACGGAGACAUUGAUGGACCUAAAGGCGCUCCUUGAAGAGAAGUUCCAGCUGGAACCCGUCCAUCCUCGCCUUUUGACAUCUUUAAUAAAGCCGCCCUCACUUAAAGCCACGCCUAAUGAAAGCGGACCCGAAUUGAAACCCACAACAACUGUGGAAUAUGCCAAGGGUAGCCAUCCUGUGAAUGUCCAGGGUCAGUGCCAGGACCAGGACCAGGACCAGGACCAGGGUCAGGGUCAGGGUCAGGGUUAGGGCCAGGGCCAGGAUCACUAUAUGUGGUCAGGAUCAGGGUCAGGAGCAGGACCAGUGCGAGGACCAGGGCCAGGGUCAGUGCCAGGACCAGGCCAGGAACAGGAACAGGUGCAGGUCCAGGACCAGGACCAGGACCAGGACCAGGGUCAGGGCCAAGGCCAGGACCAGCUCCAGCAGCAGUGCCAGGGCACACAACCUGGUCCUCUCAUAAAUUGCCACGCUCAGGGCCAGCUCUGGGACCAACACAAGUACGAAUAACUAUCCAGAUCAGGACCAGGUUCAGGUUCAGGCCCAAGUCAAGGAUCACACUAUGGCCUAGAUAGAUCUGGAAUAUUCCAGCACCAGUACCAGGAACCAUAACCUUGUCCAGGUCCGCUGAAUGGUCUCACUGGGAACAGUAGCGGGAUUUUAUACUCCAGGGUACUUCGGGCCUAAAGUGGGCCCAAAGUACCAUGGCAUGAGGAGCAUUGGACUGUUCAUUUGCAGCAACGGACUUAGGGCCAGGGCGCGUUGGUGCUUCAGUAUUAUUCCUGCUUGGAAAGCAGGAACUUGGCAGUAAUCGAGGCCAGGUUCAUGCUAUUUUUAGCAUGAAUGCACCAGCUGUAAGGGACCUGACCCUUAUGCUCAGUGGGCGGAAAAGUUAAAAAGUUGGGGUGUGCUGAUGUGCUGCUGAAUAGUCAUUCUGCGAGGAUUAGCCGGGGGCAGAAUAGCAAAUUGGUAUGCUGCUGUGCUGCUGAAUAGUCAUUCUGCGAGGAUUAGCCAGGGGCAGAAUCGCAAAUUGGUAUGCUGCUGUGCUGCUGAAUAGUCAUUCUGCAUGAAUGCCUGAGACCAUACACACUCUGGCACUUUUUCCUGGAUGCAUCUGGCUGUAAAUACGACCAAGGUCAGUCAGUCCUUUAGGUCCUUGUGUGUAUAUCCCUGAAGGUCGUACUUUUUGCCAAUACUGUCUGUUCGCUGGCGGGCAUGAAUGCCCGAGACCAUACACACACACCGACAUUUUCCUGGAUGUAUCUGGCUGUAAAUAUGACCACGUUCAGUCCUUUAGGUCCUCGUGUGCGUAUCCCCUGAAGGUCGUACUUUUUUGCCAAUACUGUCUCUGUUCGCUGGCGGGCAGGAAUGCCCAAGACCAGACACACACUGGCACUUUCCUGGAUGCAUCUGGCUGUAAAUACGACCACGUUCAGUCCUUUUAGGUCCUCGCGUGCGAAUCCCUGAAGGUCAUACUUAGUGCGAAUACCUUCUGGCAUCCAGUGCGAAUACCUUCAGGCAUCACCUAAAGUGGAUGCCAGAAGGAGAAUGUGUUCGCAUCUGAAGAAAGGCGACCAGAUACGCACAGACUUACAUAUGUGCAGCGCUCUGCUGCGACGCAUUGAAAAAUACUCAAAAAGAACAAAUAAAAAAGAUUGAACCCCCCCCCUCCCCUCUUCCCUUUUGUUUCUUCUCCUUUUCUCACUUUCUCAGAGUGUGCACUCACACGAGGACUUUCCUGGAUGUAUCUGACUGCAAUCACGGUCUGAUCUGGAUGUAUCUGGCCGCAAUCUUGUGCAGAGCUGACUCAAAAAAAAAGCCCCAAUGUAUCCCCUUGAUGACUAUAUAUGUGAUGUAGAACAGUAGAACUUUAUUUUGAGCGACAUUUUCCCUUUUUUUUCCCCCCGUCUAACUCUUACAUUAUUAUUACACACAAGCAAGCCUCAUAUAUUUGCCGGCGCCGAAGGCGCCGUUCGGCACCCUUGUCGGUGGAAAUGACAGAUGGUCCAGCAAGCAAGGCGACUCAACUUUUGGCCGAAACACUUCCUCAGAUCGCAUUCUGUGAAUUUAUGAACACCAAAAACCUUUUUUUUAAGGGUAAAAAAUUAAAAUAAAUAAAUUAUUAAAAAUUAG